AUGGUGUGCGUGCCAAGUGAACCCAACAUGGUCCGCAUUGCCGUGCGGGGCCGAUCUCAUUGUGGCAGCCAAUCGGGCAGCAGCUAUUGGUACUCUGCCCUCAUCAUUAUGUCUUUGGUUCAAGUUGUAAAGCUUGAGAUGGCGAAACAAAGGUGUGGUAUUUCUUCCUGCACCCGUGCUGGUUGUCUAGAGGACAUGGCGUACGCCUGCGGCGUGCUUGGUACCAAAGUAGCCAGCACUGCAGACAACCUGGAAGCGAUGCCCCGGGAAAUCAUCACAUUUCAGAUUGGGCAAUGUGGAAAUCAGAUUGGGAGUCAAUUUUGGGAGGUCCUCCUGAAGGAGCACGGCUUAUCAGGACCAAAUCUCAGUGCAUAUAUACCUACGGAAACAACAAAAGCCGUUGGGGUGCACGCAAACAUUUUUGACGAAGGAAUGUCGUCCAUCUUUACGCUUCGCACCAAUAGCCGGCUGAGGACGUGUGGAGCUUGGGUCCGAUAUCUUAAGGCGAGGGCUGUCUUAAUCGAUAUGGAGGAGGGCGUUGUAAACCGCCUUCUUCGUGGUCCUCUGGGCUCCCUUUUCGAUGAUACGCUUCUGAUUACUGACGUAUCUGGAUCAGGAAACAACUGGGCUCACGGGCACGAAGUAUACGGGCAGCUGCAUUGUUCAUCAAUCGCUGACACAGUAUCAAAGGCCUUGGAGGACUGUGACUCACCACAGGAUCAGGGCUUGGCACGAAAUGUCUUGAAAGUAGGCAUUUCCAAUGCGAUUGGGGCGGCAGUUGAUUCCCCCAGCCCUGGGGAGACAGAUGACGUUAUAACUUCACCGUACAACGCGGCACUGGCCCUUGAGGAGAUCCGCCAAUACGCUACAUGUGUUUUGCCUCUCUGCAAUGACUCGCUAAUGCAGAGAGUCCCUGGAGUACAGCAACUCAGCCCAUCCCUGCCAUUCGCGCAGGCUAAUGCAGUGGUUGCUCAAAUGCUGGCGCACUUGACAAGCUCCGCAAGAUUCAGCGGCCCCUUAGACAUGGAUUUAUUGGACAUAAGUAGCAAUCUGGUUCCUUACAAGGGUCUCCACUUUUUGGCUAGUGCUUUGUCCCCUUUGGAGUCUAACCCGGGCCAACUCCAAGGGAUCCCGAAUCCAGUACAGCCUUCCGACAAAAAGGCAAUGUCUUAUGUACGAACAAUAAAUCAACAGGCUUCACGAGUUGUAGAUAUGCUGCUUGAUGUUCUAUCUCCCAGCCAUCAGCUACUGGACAUUCGUCCAAAGGCCGGCACGUAA